AUGGGUGGCCCGGUUGGCAACGCUCACGCUGAGGUUAGCCCUAGCUACUACAACGUUCCUAACAAUACCAAAGAUCACUGGAUCAAGGAUGCUGGUCUGAGAAAGAAUGUUUUUUAUUGCAUUGGACUUUGUGGGACGCUCUUCUUCAAUGGCUACGAUGGCAGCCUCUUCAAUGGACUCCAGACCAUCGAUGCUUGGCAAACGUUCUUCGAUCAUCCCACUGGCAAUACCUUGGGACUUAUGAACUCGGCGGCUCUCUUUCCUGGUCUCAUUUCGCCGUAUAUCGCUGAGCAGAUCGCGACAAGGUGGGGGCGGCGCUGGGCUGUGUGGAUUGGUGUAUGGAUCAAUAUUGCCGGCGUCCUUAUCAACUCGGCCAGUCUCAACUUGGGCAUGUAUAUUGCCGGACGUGCCGUCAUGGGCGUAGGAAUAUCCAUGGGCUUGACCAUUGCACCGACGCUGUUACAGGAGAUUGCCCAUCCCCGUUACCGGGCGCCAAUUGGAACCUUUUACACGUCCAUCUAUUAUAUUGCUGCCAUUAUCUCAGCUGCCGUGUGUCUGGCCACAAGGAACAUCAACAGCGACGCUUCUUGGAGAAUCCCCUGUUAUUUACAGCUCGUUGGGCCUGUUGUCACCUUUGCCAUGACCUGCACGGUGCCCGAAUCACCCAGAGCUCUCGAGAUUCUGGCAAAAUACCAUGCCAACGGCGACCGUGACGACCCUCUCGUACGUCUAGAGUACACGGAGAUCAUUGAAGGACUGGAAACAGAACGAGUCCAGUCUCGAGUGGCUUACAAGGACUAUUUGCGCGCCGAGAACCGCCGGCGUCUUUUUUUGAUCGUGGUCAUUGCAAUUGGUACAAACUGGGUCGGUAAUGGUAUCGUGUCGUACUAUUUGUCGCCCAUUUUGAGCCAGAUUGGUGUGACUUCGACUUUGCAGCAGUCUGCAUUGAACCUUGGACUCCAGAUUUGGAAUUUCAUCAUCUCAACCACAGCGGGACUCAAUUGUGACCGCAUCGGACGCCGCCCUCUCUGGCUCACCUCUGUGAUCGGCAUGCUCUUCAGCUUUGUCGUGGUCAUGGGGCUUUCGGGGGCGUACGACAGCUACGGGGUACCCAGCAUCGGCCUCGCCGUGAUCCCGUUCCUCUUUGUCUUUUUUGGUUUCUAUGACGUGGCCUGGACACCGCUGGCCAACAUGUACAGCGUCGAGAUUCUACCGUUUAGCCUGCGCGCCAAGGGUCAGGCCAUCUACAACAUUGUCCAGGGCUGCGCCAAUGCCUUUAACCAGUGGGUCAACCCGAUUGUCCUCGACGCCAUCCAGUGGCGGUACUAUGCCGUGUACAUUGCCAUCCUGAGCGUCUAUGUCGUGAUCAUCUACUUUUAUUUCCCCGAGACCAAGAAUCUCACCAUUGAGGAGAUUACCAAGGCCAUUGACCGAGAAAGUGGCGUGGUCGCUUCUUCCUCCAGUCCGUCGGGAAGUACAAAUGGAUUACCACACGAGCGUAAUGGUAUGGACACCAAAGCGACUGAUGAUGUGGAACAUGUGGAACGGGUAAUGAGCGCCGAUGUCCAUACGACACAUGCCCGCAGGUAUGAAAUCUGA